CUGUCUCUCUUCCUCUCUCUCUCUCUCUCUUCCUCUUUUUUCGUACCAUUCUCCACUCACUUUCUCCCGAUUUUUACCGAUGUUUCGUUCGAGAUUUGUGUGUGUUCCUUUAUGAAAGCUCGUUAUUGCCGCGCCGCGCUGUGCCGUACCGUCGCUCCGCAAGCGCGCACUUAUGCCCGCGUCCGAUCCGCGGCUGUCCGAUAAUGCCUCUUAUCGUGGCCGCGCGCGUUACGUGACCCGCGUGAUACGCGCGUUACGAGAGCUUGCGUUCGCAGACACGACGACGGGCACCGGCGACCGGGUGACAUCGGUCUUCGUGCUCAUCGGGACACUGUGCUGACACGAUCGCGGAGUGACGGCCGAUGAUGAUGGAUCGUAACGCGAAACUGUAGCCGCCGCCGCAGUUCGCGAUCGUCGUCGCUGUCGCACCGGCACCAUUGAUAUUCCGUCUUAGCGACGCGAGACGUUAUUACAUAGCAGUAGAAUACAUAUCCUCCAACUUAUAUCGACCAUACUCGUACCUAGCCCCUGUAAUCCUGUCUCGCGAAGCGAUUUCGCUUCGGUACAGAUCCGCGGUGCCAGACGCGUUAUCGAGAAUCGAGGGGAUACCGCUGGUGUGUGUGUGUGUGUCAUCUCUCCCGCCCCUCCCGAACGCGAGCGCGGACUGUGCCGCGAUUUUACUAAUCGUAACGCGAGAAAGCUUUGUUUGAGAAGUUUACGCUCUUUAAAAGUGGUGCCUAAGCGUGAUUUGAUAACAAGAGAAGAGGAAACAAAUUUUUUAAUUAGUGCCUAUAUAUACGACGCAUCGUACGUGCAAUAAUCAUUCGAGAUCGAUUCGAUCGAUCUAUCGUAGCCUGUACAUACACAUUUUGCAUACAUACGAUUUGCUAAUUUGCCACGCGCCAAAGAUCAUGCCCGAGUAUUGAGACGAGAAAAGAGAGACGAGGGAGCACAGAAACGAGUGUGGCAAAACCACAGAGAGAACAGGAAAGCACAUAGAAGUUUCAUAAAAGACAUCAUUUCAUAAAACACGUUUCAACGACGAGUAUGAUCGUCGUAUUCGGAGUCGAGUGUAUCGUGUCCGCACCGUGAUAUCGGCCUGCCUCUUUCCAAAAAGUGUUUCCGACUUAGUGACUGAAACGUCACAUCACUGGGGUUGCAGUGAUGUCGCGAUUAAUGCUGUGUAAUCUUGGGAAUACCUCGACGGCGGGAAAUGAUACGAACAAUAACGCAAACACGAACAGCAGUAUGGAGGACGACGAUUCUUAUCCACUGCCUACAAUUUAUCGCUGCCGUGCACCCAUAGCAAGUCUGGAUUGCAUGGAAGAGUUCAACGGCGGCGGCGGCGGUGGCGGCGGCGGCGGCGGUGCAGACUCGGGCGUGCACUGCAGCAACACGACCGGCACGAAAGAGCAGCUACUAACUAGCUGCAUUGCCGCACAAGCGCAACGUUUGCAGCACCCCUCGCCAGGUAUUCGCUACCGCAACUUGGGCAAAAGCGGUCUACGUGUUUCCAAUGUUGGAUUAGGAACGUGGACCACCUUUGGCGUAGGUGGUUGCGGCAGCGAGGAGACCGCAGAGGCCGUCGUGGCCCUCGCUUACGACAGCGGGAUUAACGUAUUCGACUUGAGCGAGGCGCAUAGCGGCCACCGCGCCGAGAUCCAGUUUGGUCGUAUUCUGCUGAGACGCGCCUGGAACCGUUCCAGUUAUGUCGUCACGACGAAAAUUUAUUGGAACACCAAGACCGAGGGUCGCGGGCUAUCGCGGAAACACAUUAUCGAGUCCGUGCAAGCUUCGCUCGUCAGGCUGCAACUGUCGUACAUCGAUAUUGUCAUGAUCCACAAAGUCGAUCCAAUGUGUCCGAUGGAAGAAAUCGUUCGCGCCAUGAAUUACGUUAUAAGCAAAGGUUGGGUAAUGUACUGGGGUACAUCGCGAUGGACACCCGUGGAGAUUAUGGAAGCCUAUACGAAUUGUCGGCAGUUUAAUUGUGUGACGCCGAUCGUGGAGCAAGCAGAAUAUCAUCUGUUUUACAGAGAGAAGCCUGAGCUUUACAUGCCAGAAUUGUAUAACAAAAUUGGUGUUGGUUUAAUGGCAUGGUCCACAGUCACAAUAGGGAUGGUUUCUUCAAAACCGGAAGAUUGCGGAGUAUCAUUCCUCUCGAGAUCUUCCUACAAAAACAAAUACUCCUCGUUCAGUUGGACAGAGGAUGAAACUCAAUCUUUGUACAAAGAGGAGUAUGCGUGGAAAGAAAAAUCCGCAGACGAGGAGACUCGAAAAUACUCGGACAAAUUGCGAGAUGUAUACGCUCUUGCCGAAAGAUUGGGGUGUUCUUUCGGGCAACUGGCCAUUGCGUGGUCUUUAAAGAAUGAAAGUGUUCAGUGCCUUCUGCUCGGUGCAUCCAAUAUAGAUCAACUGUAUGAAAGUCUGCAAAGCUUACAGCUUAUUCCAAAGUUGAACGCGAGCAUAAUGAGCGAGAUCGAGAGGAUUCUUGACAACAAACCGUCCCGACCGCCAAUGAUAUCCACACUGGCGCUCAGAUGACAAUCGAUGUGCCCCCACGGCAGCGGUGGGGGCUCCUUGGAGGAGGCGGGCAGUCCGAAGAGCGAGGGUGGCAACAGUCAAGAUCAGGAACAGACCAAGGAGGUGAACAACAAAUUACCAUUCUGUGAGAUACAGUGAAGCCGCGCACGGACAACAACCGUCUCGUUGCCCCAUGAUAUUGGUGGUUAACAUCAGUCACCACAAGUAGCCAAGAACCGACAUGGACGCGACUAAUUUCCGCGUCCACGCUUUUCAUCUGGUCGCGACCCUUCUAGUGAAGGGGGUCGAGUGCACACACGACCACGAGUCGACACGACAAUAUUUAUCAAUUACGAAGAAAUCCAUCUCCGGAGAUUCACCGCGACUCGGCGAUGGCGAGGAGUAUCCUAUACUUUACGCAUGAUUUAUAUCUCUCGUACGUCACACUUGUGGACACUCGUAAAUAUAUACAGGCGAUAAAUGCGGCAUAUUUCAUCGCGAGGUCCCUCUUAUCUCCGUCGACAGAAUCGCGUGUCGCACGCUUUCAAAGGCAUCUCUGGAAAUGGUUAUACUUGUCCCGUAAAUCUCCGUAAGCUUCUCUCUAAUCUCCCUCGAUCGGAGAAUCUGAAUCCCAUUGGGAAAUUUCUAUUCACGAUUCCAAGUGUUCAUUAUUCGUAGCGUUAAUAAUCCCAUUUGCUACACUUGUAGUGAGUGAACUAAAAAUUUCGACGAGUGUCCACCGAACCACUCCACAUUCGUUCUGCCACUUAUUGGUCGAGUAAGAGCGAUUUGCGGACAAUGAAAUUCCGACGGUGUAACAAACACGUUGAUUAUCAUCUUAAAAAUUACGUUGUAGGUCAUAAGAAUUUUAUCAAGGAUACUAUCAACAGCGCUACGUUUUAAGUACUCUAUCAAAUACUCUCGCCUUUAAUGCGAUACAUUCUACUUCAUUAACUUCCGGCGUCCGAUACAUGUUUCUUUCGCUAUAGUUAUUGAGCUUGAUUCUUCGCUUUUGGUCCAUUAACUUUUCUCUGUUUCUCUUUCUCUACCUUUUCCCUUUUCUAGUUCGUUUGAGGAUUGACAAGCGCGAUUGUAUUACAUUAAGAGACACGUGACAUAAAAUGCGCAAGCUUUUAGUAAAACACAUCGCUAAUUUCUCGCUGUUUUCAAUAUUUCACGCUGAUUUUCAGGUUACAGAUAUUAAGGAAUGAAUGCGAUUGAAAAAUUAUCCAAGAAACAGGAUAAUCAAUAGGGCUGAUAAUUCCUAUGAUCGAGUCUAGUUUGUAGAAUAAAUUGGGAUAAGUGAUUUGUAAAAAAAGAUCAGAGUGAAACUUUAAAAUCUAAUUCAAUCCCGUUAAUCCGCCAGUCUGAUUCUUUAAAUGUAAAUUUCUUAGCAGUUACAUUUAAAAUAUUUUCAUUAAAUAUUCACAAAUUCGGUGAAAUUAUUGGUGAAUAAAUUAUAUAACAAAAAUGUAUCAUAGAUUUAUCGAGAAAUCUUUAAAGAGCGGGACACUAUGUACAAAAGAUCUCUUUACUCGAAUAGAUGACCAUUUCUAUCAAAAGAGCGUCUGUUUAUCGCCGAUGAUAGUUUUUCGCUUUGCUGUAGAGCAUGUUUCUGAAGAAAGGUCAUUUAUCCUGAAGAGAAUCGCAAGAUUUGUGAUAAUCUACAAUUAUAUCUUUGAGCGAAGUAUUGUUUCUGAGUAAUAUCCUUUCAAUUUAACUUGCUGUUCCUUUAUGCCAAAAUGAAAAUGACAAAAGUCAGCAGAUGCGCGUCGUGCCAGUCAAGCGCCGUUUUGCCGCUCACUCGAGACAUUGCUCAAAUAUAAAAUGAAACAUGAGAAAAUCUCUCGUUCCCAUAAAAAUGAUAAAAAAUCCAUAUAUCAAUACGUAUAUAAUUGUAAAAAAGUCAAAUAUACAUUUGCACGUAUCUGCAAU